AUGGCCCCGGAGCUAUCGUCAAAUUGGAAGAAGCUUCAGGCCCAACUCAAAGCGGCGAGCUCAUCUUCUUCCACAACAGCUGGGCCCGUCAAGAGGAAAGCAGACACCUCUGAUCAACAGCCGCCGAAAAAGUCAAAACUCAACUCUGACAAGAAAGCACCAGCCAAACUCUUCCAAAAGAGCGAAAAAGCAAAAAAAGAACGCAUGGGUGUCACGCAAAGCUCAAAGGUCGAAGUUGAACCCAAGGUCGGCCCUUCGCCGUCCCUUGCCCUUUGGGCUGAGGAGAAUGACAUCUCCACCGAAGCACUGGCCGAGGCUUAUGGUCUGGGUCUGAAGAACAACUCUAUGCUCGCUUCGGAAAAAGACAAGAUCAACGCUGGUCUAACGGAAGCGCUUGAUGUCGGCAAGUACGUCGCCAUCGACUGCGAGAUGGUGGGUGUCGGACAAGGAGGACACGAAUCUGUGCUCGCUCGCGUGAGCAUCGUCGACUUUCACGGGCGCCAGGUGUACGACUCAUACGUGCGGCCUCAAGAACGUGUUACCGAUUGGCGGAGCGCCGUCAGCGGAAUCCUCCCCAAGCACAUGAGGUUCGCCCGAGAUUUCGACGAGGUCCAGGCCGACGUCGCCAAACUAUUGAAGGAUAGGAUUUUAGUCGGUCACGACAUCAAGCACGAUUUGGAUGUACUCAAAUUAAGCCACCCGAGUAAAGAUGUCCGCGACACAUCUAGUUACCCGCCGUUCAGGCAAUACGGCAAUGGCAGAAAGCCAGCGCUAAGGAGACUGGCGGAAGAGAUACUUGGCGUCACGAUCCAGAGCGGCGCGCACUCUAGUAUUGAAGAUGCUAGAGUGACAAUGCUCUUAUUCAGAAAACACAAAUCUGGAUUUGACGUCGAUCAUGCAAAUCGCUUCCCUGGCUCUGCAGGCGCAUCGACAAAAUCGAGGCCAAAAUCUAAAAAGCCUAAGAAGAAGAAAUGA